AUGUCAUCCUGUGGCUGGGCAGUGGGACCCAUACAAUCACCCGAAUGCCCAAUGCUGGAACAGAGAUACGCAGACAAUUUACUCCUGCGUCGUCGGUGUUCCUUCGCCUGUGCCGUUAAAAAGCUCAUAUCUAGCUCGCAAUUGAUCGGGAAUGAUGAAACCGAUACAUACCUUUGUAUUUGGAACGGCAUCGAGAAUGACUUCGUUCUUUCUGCCGCUUGUCUGCCUUCGAUCCCGCCAGUCUGUCGCUUUGUGCGCAGCUUUGUCAAAACACGAGUCUUGGGUAUGCCAGCUUCAAAAGCUGGAAGCAAAGGAAGCGAAUAUGUUACGUUUGGCAGUGAGUUUUCGAGCAGGCAUUCCGAAAGAAACUCGGGGAGGCAUAGUGAUGCUCGCGAUAGUAUUGUAGGGUUUGAAUCAAUGUUAUGA